AUGUCUGAUGAGCUAGAUCAGGCAAUCACCAGGCAGUCAAAUGUGGAGCAAAAUGAGCCAAACUAUGAUAGAGACAGAGAUUUGGUUGUUCUCCCGGAGUGGGUGAUUCUAAGGGCCUAUGCCCGAAAGUCCGAGUCCUGGAUCCAGAAGAUUAUUGACCAGAUAACGGAUUCACCUCUCCAUUGGGUUACCCCCUUUGAGGUGGUUCCUGUUGCAGUAGUGGCCGUCCAAAGAUACCUGUUAGAGGGUAAGUCAUACUUUACAGGACACAAGCCACCCUUUUACUGCUAUGAUGUGACUAUCUCUGAUGGAGUGUUUAAGGAAAAAUGCUACCUGGAUCCAGACUUAAACCAUCUGGUCUAUAAAAAUAUCCUUAGAGUUGGCAUAGAAAUGAAAAUUUUCAAGGUCUCUUUUCUUUACAAUGAAAGAAGGGUAGGUCAGGGCAUACUGUGCUUACAUAAGAUCCACUGUGGAAAGGCCUUUGAUACUAUUAGCUUAGAAAUUCCCUUUAGAAGUAGAGUCCAGCGCGAGAUUCCAGAGAGACCACUGACGGGCGGAAUGAAUCAUUACUUGGCUCUCUGGCAUAACGAAGAUCCCUACGGCCAUAUCUGGUUAAAAGUCAAGCAUCCUGAGGAAUACAACUAUAAUGGUAUCAAAAUAGUUUCCCUUUCUCACCUUGAAAUGAUCUGGAAGACAGGAAACAAUUUUCCUGCUUUACUUGUGAGAAUCUUGCAUAAAUCAAAACUACGAUACUAUGGAAAAACUUCUAGAAAAUCUAUUGAGCCAUACCAGGCCUUUCUGGAAGUUGCUGAUAGCUCAGGCACUGUGACAGUGACUCUGUGGAAUACCUUUUGUCGUGAGUGGUAUAGAAGUCUGAAUGUUGGUUUCGUUGUUCUGCUUCAAAAUUAUUCCAUUAGAAAGAGAUUUCCAUUCAGGAAACAGCCACUCCCAGUGGAUCCACAUAUAAAAGUUAUUUCUUCAAUAGAAAUCUGCUUGAGCCUUCAUGAUUCUCCAAAUAAUAUAAUUAUAAUUCCAGAAAAGCAGGUGAAACCAUCAUGGAAAUUGCCAUAUUUAAGUCACCACUUUCUCUUAAGAUCAGAAUUGGAUAAUGCACCAGAAAAUACUAUUUGUGAUAUUAUUGGCUUUGUAACUUUUGUAGGAAGAGUUCAGAGGUCAAAAAAGAAAGAAAAACCUGAAGAUUUUUUGGUAUAUCGCUGGAUUCAUGUUAUUGAUGGGACUUCAAAAAUUCCAUUUAUAGUGAAAUUGUUUUCUACAUCUCAGCCAGGAAUGUUUGAAUAUAUUUCCCCAAUGACAUAUUUUGUGGGCACACAAUUGAAAGUUAUUAGACUCAACAGUGAAGUUUAUAACAUGUUUUACCUCAUCACUACAAAUGAGAGUCGAAUGUUUAUUACUGGUCAUAAAGGUCAAGCAUAUACCCGUGAAGACAAAGUAAGACGUUUUUCUCAUUGGGUUAGAGAAAAAACCUAUAGAGGGGAAAUGAAUAUUUAUACUGUUAUUGGUGGAUAUUAUGCCUACCCACCCGUGGGUACAUUUUCCAAGUAUACACAUUCUCCUAGAGUUGAAUUGCUCUUGACAGCUCUAAGUGAAGUGAAGAAUGUGAUUCAAAAUGUGCAAUAUAGGGAACAAAAGAGAAUUGCAAUUCAGGGGGUAGUUACUGUUAUAAAGUUUAUCCCCCAUAGUGUUGCAACUGAAAGAACCUAUGCAUCACAAACAGUUCAGAAUGCUAAUCAGCCUUCAACAUCCAAAGUGAAUGGAGGAACUCAAAGUUGGUAUAGGAGAGGUGAAAAGCGGCCAAAUGAUGUCCCUAUGAGAUUUCAGUCUGUUCCAGCUACAUAUGCAAGUUUAAUCCCAAGCAGGAAGAUGAGAAUUGUGCAAGGCCCAAACGCUAUACUGAAUCCUGUACCUCAACCAGAAAUUUCUAUGGGAGCAAGAGGAAAUAAUUGUAGCCAACCAAGUCGCUACACAUGUCAAGAAGGUCUAUACAGAAACCCUCAAUAUACUAGCUGGGAAAGUCAUCUGUGGAGAAAGAAAAAGUAUGGCUUAGCAGAUCACCUACAUUACAGCUUUGUUCAUCCUGAAAGUAUUCCACGGAAAUUUGAUUUAAAACACAGUCGAUUUCUCUCUAGUCAGUUUAAUUCUCAGCCUGCAAAGUAUAAUCCACCAAUAGAAGCACACCUGAAACUUGAAAAAUUUAAGAGUGCCGUAAGUCUUGAUGGACAUUUUGAAAUAACUAUUCUAGGUCUGAACCAUGAGAUAGCAAUUGAUGUUGCAUUUCUACCCAUGUAUUCUCAAGAAGAUAUCCGAACAUCUCAAGUGAGCACACUUUUAAACAGCAUGAAUUAUAAUUGUGUGCAUCCACCAGUAACUGACAAUAAAAAUGUGCCAUAUGCAAAAAAAAUUGCAGGUGAUGUUAUAAAAGCAGUAGCUCAACUGGAUGGAGUGCAUAUCAUCGCUGUAUUGGAUGUCUGUAAUUUGGGAGAUAAUAAGUUAGAAGUUAUUCUGCAUAGAAUUUUUAGACCAGAUAAGCCUUUUAAAGUUGCCAAAUGA